AUGCUCUGUGCGAUGUCUCAGCUACCUGCAGUUGCCAGCAUGACUUGGGUCCUGCUCUCUGUGCUCUGGCUCAUCUUCCAAACUCAAGCAUUAGGCUCAAAACAAACAUCUGAAUUAACGCUCUAUGAAGUAGUCCAUCCCAGAAAACUACACAGUUUACACAAAAGAGAGAUUGAGAGCAACGGGACACAAAGGCACGGGGAUGAGGAAAAGUAUGAAUCUGAAAUUAAAUAUCAGAUUAGCUUAAAAGGAGAAGAAAUCAUUCUUCAGCUACAGAAAACCAAGCAUCUCCUGGGACCAAACUACACUGAAACUUUCUAUUCACCGAGAGGGGAGGAAAUCAUCACCAGCCCUCCUGACCUGGAGUAUUGUUACUAUGAAGGACGCAUCCUAAAUGAGAAGGAUUCUGUGGCAAGCAUCAGCACCUGUGAUGGGCUGAGAGGAUACUUCACACACCACCAUCAAAGCUAUCUGAUACAGCCUCUGAAAGGCACGGAUCAGGCAGAACAUGCUAUCUUUACAUACAAUAAUGAGGAACUGCACACAGCCAACUACACGUGUGGGGUGAGACAUGUUGGCAGGAAACGUGGUCCUAUUCGAAAGUCUAGGUCACCCACAAGUGCAAAGCAAGAAGACUUUCUUCAGGCACAAAAAUACCUUGACCUGUUUUUGGUGCUCGAUAAUACCUUUUACAAGAUACAUGAGGGAAAUAUAACUCGCAUGAGAAGCUUUGUGUUCGAUGUGCUGAACCUACUCAAUGUGAUUUACAAUACCAUAGAUGUUGAAGUGACCUUGGUGGGUAUGGAAAUCUGGUCUGACAGUGAUAAGAUCAAGGUGGAGUCCAAAAUAGGCACCACGUUUAACAACUUCCUGGAAUGGCAUAAAUCUAACCUGGGGAAAAAGAUGGUACAUGACCAUGCUCAACUUCUCAGUGGAGUCGCCUUCAACAACCGGCGUGUUGGAAUGGCAGCCUCAAACUCCUUGUGUUCUUCAUCUUCGGUUGCUGUUAUUGAGGCUGAAAGAAAGAAUAACGUAGCUCUUGUGGGAGUGAUGUCACAUGAGUUGGGCCAUGUACUUGGCAUGCCUGAUAUCCCAUAUGACACCAAGUGUCCCUCUGGCAGCUGUGUAAUGAAUCAGUAUCUGAGUUCAAAAUUCCCAAAGGAUUUCAGUACAAUCUGCCGCACACAUUUUGAAAGUUACCUUUUAUCUCAAAAACCGAAGUGCCUGUUGCAACUAUCAGCUCCUAGAAAUGGGACAAUCUCAGUGUGUGGGAACCAACUACUGGAAGUGGGAGAAGACUGUGAUUGUGGCUCUCCUAGGGCUUGUACCAAUGCUUGCUGCGAGGCCAGGACGUGCAAAUUCAAACCUGGAACUGAUUGUGGAGACACUCGAAAGCCUGUCACGUAA